AAAGAGAGACAACUCGGAUCUGUUUUCUUUACAAACCGAAAGUAAGCGACCUGCAAAUGAUGGCUACCGCUCUGGGCGGAAAUGUCGACAAAGACCUUGUGUUUAGCUGUCCUAUCUGUUUGGAGUCAGUCAGGACACCCAGAUGUUUACCGUGUCUACAUACGUUUUGCGAGUCCUGCAUCCAGACUUAUAUUUCUAGUACGGCCAUUCGUAAAGAAGAUGAGUAUCAGAGUAUUGAGUGCCCGGUAUGUCGCAAAGAAAGCCGCCCGCCAGCAAAGUGUAUGUCGUCUGAUGAAUGGGCCACGAGUUUACCCAUCAACUACCUGGUGAAUUCUGUUUCAGUGAAUUCAAGUGAAUCAGAAAAACUUUGCGUUACAUGCAAGAGACAAGGCAAGGAUGUAGCUGCUAUUCACUGGUGUAAGAAUUGUAUGGAGGAAAUUUGCGACGACUGUAAGACAUUACACAGUUAUGUAUCGAUCCUGCAAAAUCACAAAGUUGUCAAACUUUCUGAGGCGAACGAUUGUCUGGAAAAUUUUGAUGUGGAUGAACCGUGCAGCAUACACAAAAAUAAAACCAUUGAGGUGUACUGUGGGGAUCAUGAUAAAUUAUGCUGCAGCGUUUGCUUAGCAACCCAGCACAGGAGAUGUGAACGCGUUGAAGCAAUAGAGGAUGUUUCUAGCAGAUUCGAUCGGACUGAUAUGCAGCCGAGAUUAGAAAAGUUUUCUAAAUCCCUGGAGAUGCUUGAAAAUUUGCAAGAAAAUAACAGAGAGCAUGUCGACAAAUUGAAGACUCGGAAAGAAGUGAUAUGUAGAGUUGUUGGAGAUAAAAUUGAGAAAGCAAAGAGAGCUCUGGAUGAAGGGUUUGCUCAGUGGCAAAAAGGGUUUGAACAAAAACAUGGCGAUUGUCUUCAAACCCUCGAUAUUGAAUGCGAUGAGAUGAGGAGGUUUUCCACCACUCUGAAAGAAGCAAGGUUUACAUUUUCCCUUCUGAAGGAGAAGGGGUCAUUGAAACAGUUGUUUCUGAUGACACAUAGAUUAGAAUCACAGAUUGCGGAACACUUUCAAAGACUGAAAUUGAAGAUGGAAGUAGAAACAUUUUCUGACUACCAACACUUCAUGGGAAGUGAAUUCACUGACUUUGUAUCAAAUAACGGAAAGAUCCCCGAUGUUGAAUGCAUUGAGUUAAAAACAUCGUGUGGAACCGUGGCACAGCUGAGCAACGUUGUGUCACCGGAUAAGUCACCUUCACCGAAACCUUGGCUGGCGAACAUGGAUUUAAUGAAAGUUAUUCCGUUAAAGGUAUCCGAACAUGUUAUACAGGGCUGCGAGGAAUCUCUGUAUCAUUCUAUGCAUAUAUUCAAAGGUAUACUGCAUGAUAGCGGAUGUCUGUAUCAUGGUCUUUAUAGAUACGAUGACACUGUACUGUUGUCAGUGCGUCGAACUAUCCAAAUAUAUGACGUCAGAGGCAAUACUUGGGUACAUCUAUACACAGAAGAAUGUGAUGAUAAACCUCAUGCAAUAGCUCAAACCAAUGUCCUGCCCGAGGUUUAUGCUGCCUUUGGUAAUUAUAUUGCUGUUUACAACAUCAACGAAGGAAAUCAAAUGUCUCUGUUGAGAAAAAUCCCGAUGAGUCCUGGGGUCACGAUCCAAAGCUUCACGUUAAUGGACGAUACUAUAAUCUGUGCAUAUAAUAGUGGAAUUACGAUACUAAAUCCGGAUUUCUCCGUGAAGGAAAAACGAAACAUCAAGAUGGAUGGAAGUACUGCUUACGUGGCUGCGUCGAGCAAAACGAAGAAAAUCGCGUUUGUGAAGAAGACUUUAAAAGGGGAACAAAUAGUCACCUCUCAAAGUCUGAGUGGAUACAAGCACUUUGGAUACAAAAUGAAACGCCUAUAUUUAAGCGGAAUUGCAUUUGAUUCGCAGGAUAAUGUUUAUGUGUGCAACUUUAAAGAAAAGAAUGAACUUGUCCAAAUAAGUUCCGAUGGUAAAAAAUCGAGAACUAUUAGUUCAGAAAUAUCUAAUCCCUACAGUAUAUCAUUCCAUCCUGAGGGCCACCGGUUCCUGGUUUUAUCAAAGAAUGAGGGGAAAUGUCGAAUAUAUGAAAUUCCACAGUCUCAGAACUAAUACGCCGUGUGUAGAUUUUUGAUUUGUUUUAUGAAUAAUUAAUAUCGUUUCAAUUUCUCUCUCUCUCUCUCUCUCUCUCUCUCUCUCUCUCUCUCUCUCUCUCUCUCUCUCUCUCGCCACAUUUUCAAGUUCCACAAAAUUACAAUGUAAUUCUUGAUGAUAUUGUAUAUCAAUAUUUGACAAUUAUACUUUACAAAAAAACCUUUUAUAAUAAGCAUCCUUGAGAAAAACAAGGGUAUAGAAAAAUAUUCUCAUCCUUUGUUUAAAGUAUUAUAUUUAUAAAGCAAGUAUGUACAGAGAAAAAUUUGAGUGUGUAUUUUGCAAUAUCAUUUUUAAAGUUCUUCUAACAAACACAAAUCUCUCUCUCUCUCUCUCUCUCUCUCUCUCUCUCUCUCUCUCUCUCUGAAAUAAAUAAACACUUCUGUAAUUCUAUAUCAUAUUAUAUAUAGGUAUACUAUGAAAUAUGUACAAAAUGUUUGUUGAAUAAUUAUAAUUUUAAAAA